AUGCUGCCUCCCACCCCCCUCUACGUAGCACUAGCUGCUGCGCUCAUCUUCUUCUCUUCACUGCACACUCCUGCUGCUGCUGCUGACGGUGGCACUCUCGCGGCAGGCCAGGCGCUAGCCGCCGGUGGCAAGCUCGUCUCCCGCAGCGGCAAGUUCGCGCUCGGCUUCUUCCAGUUCCGCCAAACCCUGCCAGGCAGUGGCAAGGGCGGCGGCGCCGCCACCAACAGCACCGUCUCCUCCCCCGGCUGGUACCUUGGCGUCUGGUUCAACAAGAUCCCGGUCUGCACCCCGGUCUGGAUCGCCAACCGGGAGAGACCCAUCACUGAAUCCGAGCUCAAGGUAGCCCAGCUCAGAAUCUCCAGAGAUGGCAACAAACUCAUCGUCACCAACAACACCAGCACCGAUGAAUCCCCAAUCUGGUCCUCUGCUGUCACCAAUAGCACCACAAACGCUAGCAGCGUCCAUGCCGUCCUCAUGAACACCGGCAACCUUGCCCUCCUACCAGAAACCCAAUCCACUGCAGUACCCACCAGCUCCUACUUGUGGCAAAGCUUCGACUACCCAACCGACGUCGGGCUUCCGGGCGCCAAGAUCGGCUGGAACAAGCUCGCCGGUGGCAACUACUUCAGCCGCCAGUUCAUCUCCAAGAAGAGCCUGGUCGAUCCAAGCCCCGGCUCGUACUCCAUCAACAUCGACUCCAACGGGUUCACGCAGCUCACAACUCGCAACGCCCCGAUCGUGAAGUACUGGUCAUGGACGUCCGGGAGACUAGAGGAGCUCGUGUUGGCGCUGACGGCUCUGAUCAACAUGGAUCCGAGGACCAAGGGACUGCUGGUACCGGACUACAUGGACACCGCCGACGAGGUGUACUUCACCUACAGCAUCACCAACGAGUCGGCCUCUGUCUUCGUCCCGAUCGACAUCACCGGCCAGCUCAAGCUCAUGCUCUGGUCGGAAUCCAAGCAGUCUUGGGAGACCAUCUACGCCCAGCCUUCUGAUUUCUGCCUCACGUUUGCCGUCUGUGGACCUUUCACGGUCUGCAAUGGCAAUUCAGGUUCAGGCACGUCGUCGUUCUGUGGCUGCAUGGAGACAUUCUCUCAGACGUCGCCACGGGAUUGGGAGCUUAGUGAUCUGACAGGAGGGUGUGCAAGAAGAACUCCCUUGGACUGCAAAGCUAGCAACAGAAGCGGUACAUCAUCAGGUUCGACAGAUGUGUUCCACCCUAUAGCUCAAGUGACCUUGCCCUAUAAUCCCCGGGGAAUAGAAGGCGUCGCCGCACAAAGCGAUUGUGCGGAAGCUUGUCUCGGCGACUGCAAUUGCACAGCUUAUUCUUAUAGCAAUGGUAAAUGCUCUGUCUGGCAUGGAGACCUGCUUAACGUAAACCAGGCCGACAGCAAUGCUUUUAGCUCUCAAGAUGUUCUUUACCUUCGCCUUGCUAAAAGUGAUUUUCAGAGUUUGAACAGAACCAACAAAAGAACACCAACGGUUGCAAUUACCGCAAGUGUUGUUGGUUCUGGAAUAGUAGUGCUCAUGCUAGUGUUUAUGAUCUGGAGGAACAGAGUCAAGUGGUGCAAUGCUCCGUUACACGGCAUCCAAGAUAGCGGCGGAGGAAUUAUAGCCUUUAAAUACACCGAUUUAUGCUGUGCUACCAAAAAUUUCAGUGACAGACUUGGAGGAGGCGGUUUUGGUUCUGUGUUCAAGGGACUGUUAGGAGACUCGACAGCUAUUGCGGUGAAAAGACUUGACGAUGCACGCCAAGGAGAGAAGCAAUUCCGGGCCGAGGUGAGCUCGAUUGGGAUGAUCCAGCAUAUUAAUCUAGUCAAAUUGUUUUGUUUUUGCUGCGAAGGUGAUAAGAGGCUACUCGUGUAUGAGCAUGUGGUAAAUGGGUCCCUUGAUGCCCAUCUAUUUCAGAGCAACGCUACUGUCCUGAAUUGGACCAGAAGGUAUAAAAUAGCCAUUGGAGUUGCAAGAGGAUUGUGCUACUUGCACCAGAGUUGCCGUGAAUGCAUCAUACACUGUGACAUUAAGCCAGAGAACAUACUUCUUGAUGCGUCGUUUGCUCCGAAAAUUGCAGACUUUGGGAUGGCAGUGUUUGUAGGGAGGGAUUUUAGCCGAGUCCUGACUACGUUUAGAGGGACAGCAGGGUAUCUCGCCCCAGAGUGGCUUAGUGGAAUUCCUAUCACACGAAAGUCGAUGUUUAUAGCUUUGGCCAUCAGGAAGCUUCAUGAGGGAGACCUGCAGAGUUUGGUUGAUCCACAAUUACAGGAAGACCUCAAUUUGGAAGAGGCCGAAAGGUUGUGCAAAGUUGCAUUUUGGUGCAUCCAAGACAACGAAUGUGAUCGGCCAACAAUGGUUGAUGUUGUUCGGGUUCUCGAGGGUCUCCAGGAACUUGAUAUGCCUCCAAUGCCAAGACUACUUGCAGCUAUAACGGAACACGCCGAUGUGGAGUUAAUGUAA